AAAAAAAAAAAAAACCAUGGUGACUACAUCGUCACGGACCAAGUCAAACGGACCGGUGCUUCGUUCGCAAUCACCAGGAGGUCGAUUCUGCGGUAGUUACUCUAGAGCCGUUCCGUCGUCUUCUUCAUCAGCUUUCGCUUCAUCUACAAGUUCCAGCUUCUCAUCACCGUCGUCAGCUUUUUUCAGCAAUCAUCAUCAUCAUAACGACAAAAACACCAACCACCGAUCUGCGUCGCUGACUCGUGUGAAUCUCUACACAGCUCAACCGAUGAUGUCUCAGUCGUUUCGUUAUUCUCUAGACAGCAGAUCUAUAUCACCAACGAACCACCGAUCGAUCUCCGUUUCGAAGAAUCAACCACCGAAGAUCUCAGAAUCCAGGAGGAGGUGUAUGUGUUCUCCGACGACUCAUCCUGGAUCUUUCAGAUGUAGUUUACACAAGAACGUGGCGAAUCCUCACGGUCAAGGCACGGCGUCGUAUACGACGAACGGAUUGAAUAUGCGUAGAUCUGCGAUGACUAAUUCGUUGGUGAGAAUCGGUGGUGUUGAAGGAGAGUGGGUGAGGAGAGCUUUGACUACUUUGAUUCGACCUUCUUCUCAUCAUUUGAAAAGAAGAGCUGCGUAUCAGCCUCGUCCUAGUCGGCUCUCAUCCAUGGCCAAAGCUGAUUGAUCUGAUCUUUACAGGUUUGGUUUGAUUUUGUUCUUAUCAGUAGAUCCGGCGAAGAGGUCUUUGUUCUGAAAGCAAUCGGAGAUUGGAAUCUGGAGGAGAUAGAUCUGAAUCUUGUAAAACGGAAGAAAAAGGAAAACACACACUUCAUCAUAAUUUUUUAGUUGUUGUUGGGUGAAGCAAAGAUGCGAUAAUGCAUUGUACAUACUCUUCUGAUUUUGCUGUUUUUUUUUUUGUUGGUCUCUCUUCUCUUCUAAACAAACCCAGAAAAAAAGGAAAAAAAAAAAGUGUUCGGAGUCUUUUUCUCUUAAUUACACAUACAAAUCGAAAAUCAAAAGAACUGAAUUGAAUUUUGCAUAAAGAACAAAUUGAGAUUUUCUCGUU